AUGUCGCUGUACGUGCAAGGCGCUUCCGUCCUUCAAGACCCGAUGUACCGGUUAUUGGGGCCCCGCGGCCCUCACCACCCACCCGACCCACACGGCCCACCCCCACGGGCCGUGCUGGAGCUCAGCGCCUCGACGAUCCCGAGGCUCAUUCAUCAGGUGUGGCUUGGGUCCGGUGCACCCGACCUCCUGAUCAGUACCUGGCAGGCCUACACCCUCUUCGCGCCAGAAAGCUGGGUGCACCGCCUCUGGCAAAGCAAGGAAGAGGUCGUGCAGGCUUUGGCAGAGGUCGAGGACGACCUGCUGAGAGACUGGCGCCGCCUCUACGAUCAGGAAGCGACCCUCGCCGGCAGUUCAGACCUCAUCCGUUGGGCGCUACUCUAUGCAUUUGGCGGAGUCUACAUCGAUGCAGAUGCCCUCUGGUUGGGACUUCCCAGCACGCUCGAGCGCCAUUUGGGCAACGCCAGCUUUGUGGCUGCAUGGGAGAACAAGAGGUCUCCCUUCGUGGCUACUGGAGUCUUGGCAAGUUCGCGACAUGGCUACGUAGCUCGACAAGUCUUAGAAAUGCAGGUUCAAAGAUGCCAGCACUGCCGCCUGGAUUUGGGCCGCAGCCCCUGGGAUGUGUUUGCCAGCGGUGCGUUGACGCAACUGCUGGUUGCCGGAGACCAGCUCAAGGAUGAAGAGGUCAAAGUACUGGACCCGGGUAUCUUUUAUCCAGUUCGCCACAGUUCCGACCCUUGGCAGAAGCACGGCUUCUAUUUGCCAAAGCUUGCAGACCUCGGUGCUGUCUCCCUCGAUCUUGGUGUGACGAGCAACCGGUACCCAUCGGGAGCAUUCGCUUUCGGGGCCCUGCCAGACACAGCAGCCACACCCAACGCAACGGAGGAGGGCAUAGUGGCCGAUGCUGAUGGGCAGCCCCAGACGAGGUUACCGACUUUCCCCCGAUCGCACAUCUUGCAGCCGACGAUGGGAGGUGAAAAGCAGCUGAUGGUCGUCGCGCAUGCCGACGACGAGGUACUCUUUGGAAGCACACUGCUUGCAGAAGGCCCAGAGUGGACGGUGGUCGUGGCCACCAUGCCUUCGGAGGGCUACGACCAGCGAGAGGCCGAGCUUCUUCAAGCGCUCGCAGAGUUUCCGCUGGUGACAGAAGUCCGUCUCCUCGGCUACCCCGAAUGUUCGAAGUGUGUUCCGCUGCAUCCCAGCUUGUACGAUGACUUCUCCCGUCUUCUCGAUCGGCGCUGGAUGCGCCUUGUGACGCACGGUCCGCUCGGGGAGUAUGGCCACCCGCAGCAUCGGGAGUUGCUGCUCGCCUUGCGCUCCCUGGGGACAGGGCCGGUGCCUGUUUGGGUUUUCCAGCCGCGGAUCCUCGACUUCACCCCGCCGGCAGCACGCCUGGCAGCACGUGUGGCAGCCCUGGACGCCUAUGCAUCGCAGGCGGCCGUGCUGGCUCUGUACCGCGAUUGGUCCAGUGGGGCGGUUCCACUUCAUCGGUUUAAUUACACGCUGGCGAGGGAAGUCUGUGCCACCGGAACAAGAGGGCUUCGACUCUACCAGAAGACAUGCUCAGAGCAAGCAGGGCCUUUGGACGUGAAGCUACUCCGCGUCGAUUCGGUGGCGAUUUUUGCGGCCGGCCUGGCGCCCGAGGUUGCUGGUGCACCUCAUGCUGCUCUGUUGGAGGCACCGCGGCUGCGGCGACGGCUACUCCACGAGGCCAUGCGGCUUAGCCCGGAUGGCUUUGCUUGCACCUUUGGUGGCACCGACACCAUGCUGUGGCUUGGAGCUUCACCAGACAACACAGCCAGGAUCCUUCCCUUCGGGCCCAUGCUCGGUCGGCUGUGGGACGAUGCCAGCAGAGUUCUGCUAUGGAAGACGACCUCUCUUGCCCCGCGGCUGCAGCCGUUUGCUCGUGGCCAGCCGGCGCAGGCGUCGUCGUCAUCUAUUCGAGACUGCCCCUUGUUGAUCGGUCCGCUGGCCGUCAUCCUGGCAUUUCUGCGCAGCGCUGCCGCCAAGGUCAAAGCGUCCUGGAAUCUUUGCGUGCAUGGACUUCGCGACGAGCUACUGGGUCUGGAUGCCGAGUCCGUCAUACCAGGGGAGGAAGAGAUGGCUUUGGCCCUGUCUGCUGCGGUCGAAGCCUCCGGGACCUUCACCCCGAUCCAAGGUUCGAUUCCUCCUCGGCGCUGUUCAUCGCAGGACGGAUGGCGGAGAGCUUGGUCGUGGUCUGCGGCGCAUAAGGCCAAGGUGAUACAGCGGGAGGUGGCGGCCACUGAACACAUUGGCUGCUGUUUCACCAUCGAGCGAUCUGAGAAGCAAGGGUCCGGCAAAAGCGUUCAGCAGCCUUCCCUCAUGAACCAGUCCCUGGUGUUUUACAAGUUGCUGUUGGCCUACAGCUUCGGAAAUUCGAAGUUGCUUGAUGUUUGGCUUAGGGAGGUGCUGGGCGUGAAUGCUGGGAUUUCGAGCGGCUGCCUGUUGAUUCGAAAGCUUCUCAUGCUUCCGGCUCGACCCAGCGUUUCGGGGCAUUCGUUCGAGGUCCAACCAAGAUUCAAAAACACUGGGGCAACUUCCUUCGGCGUGAUCAGCAACAUGCAAGGAUGUCGUUUGAGAUUUGAGGCUGUGUUGAACUGGCUUAGCCGUCUAUCGUCGGACGACCUCUUUACGCUUGCAUCUACUUGCGGCGAAUGCCCGACCUCCUCCAGCACGAGCUGGCUAAGACACACCGCAACUUCACUUCAAGGAGCUGAGUCCUGA